GGAGGCACGGCUCCCUCCCCGCCGUAGAAGAUGCCGUCGUGGAAGGAUGGAGAGGAGAGCAGCGACGAGGAGGAGCUGGUCGGCAUGGAUCUGGAGCAGCACUGGGCGAACCCUGACACCACUAUAGAUCCAUCCUUCUGUGGUAGAGCUGCAGAUGCAAGCAUCACAUGUAGACUGCACUUGGCCCCAUGCAUGAAAUAUGUUGCAUUUGAAGGAAAGGACACUGGGAGGAGGUUCUAUGGAUGUGCUGUUCCUCAUGAUGGUAUUGACUGUGGAGUUGCUCAGUGGGUUGAUGCCCCAUGGCCUUCUAUUCUGCAAAGAUGUUUGGAGAAGAUAUGGGAGAUGUUUCAUGAGGAGAAUCAUGGCAGAAUGAUUGACCAUGAGAAGUAUAAGAAAGAGUUGGACAAGGUCAACAAGCAGUUGGAUACACUUGGGGAUCAGUACAGUCAGCUGGUUGAGGAAGUCACCAAGAUGUUUGAUUGGGCAGAUCAGAACAACAGGGUCAUGAGUGAUGAAGAGUUCAAGCAGAAGCAGAUGGAUGUGGACAAGGACAUGGAGAAGCUAGCUAUCAGCAAGGAGAAGCAGAGUGCUGACUUUGGCAAGAUGAAGGAGAUGGAGAAGCUGGCUCAGGAGCUGAAGGAGAUGAAGUGCAUUCUUAGGUCUCAGGGGGAGAUCAUUAGGAACACAAGGAAGGAGAGGGAUGAGAUGAAGAAAGAGAGGGACAUGCUGGUAGAGGAGAAGAAGAAGAUGGAGUUUCUGGUGGGUGAUCUUAUGAAAGCUGGUCAUGGCAACAAGGACAAGCUUGCCAAGAUCAAGUCAAUCCUUGAUGAGUGAACAAUGAUGUUCAUCACCUCAGUUAUGUUAAGCUAAUAUGUGGCCUUGGAACAA